UUAGCAAAGGGGAGCUGGUACAUUCCAAUCAGACUGGAAAGUUGCAACACUGAAUUCAGUAAACAUUUUUGUUGUUGUAUUGGAGUGAGUAAUUUUUUAUCUCCAGGUAUUUACCGAAAAUUAAAAUAAACCCAAAUAUAGAAAAAUUAUAAAAAUUAUAAAAAUGUCUCAUCAAACUGGGAUAAAAGCAAAUGAUAAGCUCACAAAAGUUUUUGGUAAAAGUAAAAAUGGAAAGCUACGUGUGAUAAAGGUGUCAAUAGAAAAUGAGGAGCUCAAUUGCACUGCUACGGCUGAAGUAAAAAAAGAUUGGGAGCGUGAUUAUGAUAAACUGAUAGGGCCUCUUAUAGAAGAAAAUGUACCCUGUUAUAUCCUCUACAGACUAGAUAGUAAAACAUCACUGGGUUAUGCCUGGCUAUUGUUGAGCUGGGUUCCAGAUACGGCUUCAAUACGUCAAAAGAUGGUUUAUGCUUCCACGAAGGCUACACUGAAAACCGAAUUCGGUUCUGCACAUAUCACUGAGGAGAUACACGCAACAACGCUGGAAGAGACCACGUUUGAUGGUUAUGUGCGACACAAACAAGACUUUGCCGCACCAGCCCCCUUAACUACGCGAGAAGAAGAGCUCGUAGAAUUGCGUAAAACAGAAAUUAACACCGAUAUUAAUACGGAUACGCGACACCAAACCUUAGGCGGAGUGGCGUGCCCAAUGUCCGAUGCUACGGUUGCAGCAAUUAAAGAUUUGCUACGUGGCUCAUAUGAUUAUCUACAAUUUAGAAUUGAUCUCGAAGAGGAGCGGAUACAUGUUUCGAACGCAGCAGUAGUGUCAUUGCCUAACUUGCCACGUCAAAUACCCACCGAACAUGCACGAUACCAUCUAUAUCUGUUUAAGCAUACCCAUGAAGGUGAAUACCAGGAAGCAUAUGUUUUCAUAUAUUCCAUGCCCGGGUAUACUUGUUCGGUGCGUGAACGUAUGAUGUACUCUAGUUGUAAAGCACCAUUUUUGGAUAAUUUACAUGCACUAGGAGUAAAUAUUGCAAAAAAGUUGGAAAUCGACAGUGGUUCCGAAUUGACAGAGGAAUUUCUAAACGAAGAACUACACCCCAGAAAACUUGCCAGCAGACCAGCAUUUGCCAAGCCUAAAGGCCCACCGAAUCGCGGCGCAAAACGCUUGACACGCCCACAAGAGCAAUCUUAAGUGCUAUAGCAACGAUAAUUUUGGAGCUGCCACUCCACCUCGCAGCAAUAUGAUUAAUGCUUUCACAAUUCUUCCAUCUCAUGAUUAACUCGCAUUUUAAUAGGAGACAAAACUUGGUAGACAAGCGCUCAUAUAGUAACUAAACGUAAAAAUAUAGAGUUGAAUGUCAUGUUUAAGUAUGUUUGCAUAUCUAUUCGUGUAGAAUUGAAAUUAUAACGCAUACUAGUACAUACGCACCAAUAUAAUUCAUGCAUUUCCUGCAUUAUUGCUUUCUAAUGGUUAAUAUCCAUAAACCAUUUUUAGCCUUUCGCAAUUUCGAGUGUUGUUUCAUAAAAUACUUAUACUAUUCAUGUUAUUGACAAUUUAAUGCAUUAAAAGCACUUCAAUUAAAAGAAAAUCAAAAAAAAAAAAAUGAAAGUUGAUUGAUAUUUGAACUUGUUUAAAGAAUAAGACUACAUUUUGUCUUCAAUAUACAUAUGUAUGUAGCUGUAUUUAAACGUCUAGCAAUUGCAAUAUACAAAAGAAAUGUAUUUUUAAUUAAAUAUACCUUUAACAAGUA